AUGCCCAGGUCGUUCCUCGUGGACUCGCUCAUUGUUCGGGACUCGAACGAGAAAACAUCCCCUGGAGUGUUUGAGAGUAACACACCUUUACUGCCUUACGCCGUGCACCCGUCUCAUUCUCUGGCUCUUUCUGCGGGAUCCUGUCAUUCUCGGAAAUCAGGGCUACUAUGUGUUUGUCCCCUGUGUGUUACAGCCUCUCAGCUCCACCCCGGCCCACCUGGCAUCCCUUUUCUGAAGGCGCAGUUCCCCACCUUCAGCCCACAGUACUGUCACUCAGCACUGAGCAGGCACCACAGAGCCAGCGGAGUCACUGUGGACCAUGGACCCAACAUCUACUCAGCAUCUUACCCCAUGACAGAUCCAAGACAAUUUCACUGCCUUUCCCUUGAGACCAGCUCCAGCCAGCUACAGAGCAGCAAGAGGAUGCGCACGGCGUUCACCAGCACCCAACUGCUAGAGUUGGAGAGGGAAUUCGCCUCCAACAUGUAUCUGUCCCGUCUCCGCAGGAUCGAAAUCGCCACCUACCUGAACCUGUCUGAGAAACAAGUGAAAAUCUGGUUUCAAAACCGUCGGGUCAAGCAUAAAAAGGAAGGCAAAAGCGGCAGCGCGCCCCGCACAACCUCCAAUUGCAAGUGUAGCUCUCUGUCAUCCACCCAUUGUACCGAGGAAGAAGAGGAGUUGCCCAUGUCACCUUCAUCAUCAGGAAAAGACGACAGAGACUUGUCUGUCACUCCUUGA